UGAUUGACCCGUUUAUGUGUCUUAUUUUGGAACAGGUUAAUUUAACCGGAAGUCGCUGCAGGGUUUUGAGAGGAUGAUAGCUUAGCUUGACUACGAUCGGUCCAGUCAUUCGCCCUCUGAGGACGGUAGCUGUUAGCUAGGAGUUCGAGCAAAUCCACAAGGAUAACUCAGACGUGUAUAGCCGGAGAUGCGAGGUGCUGGUCCAUGGGUGUAAGCCGACUGGAUGUAUUUUACAGAAGGCUGCUCCUCACCAAACUCUUCAUUGGGGGAUGGGGGAAGCCUGAAGACCUCAAGAGAAUCUUUGAGUUCCGGAAGUACAUCGCUGACAGAGAGCGGUGCAGGUCUCUGGUGCCGAAGGACUAUCCAGUUCACAUAAACAAGACAGAGGAGCACACUGACUGUCAGAUCCAUGAAGGGUUCUUCAUCUCUCCUCUGGAGCACUUGGUUCCUGGCAUCCUGCCACCAGAGGCCGUCAAAGCCAGGUUCCAGUUUAUAGUCCCUAAGAAGUGGCAGAAAAACAGACCAGUAUGCAUCCACUUGGCAGGGACGGGAGACCAUUUUUUCUGGCGUCGGCGGACCUUGAUGGCCAGGCCAAUGGUGAAAGAGGCUGGAAUGGCUUCGCUGCUUCUGGAGAACCCUUAUUAUGGCUACCGUAAACCCAAAGACCAACUGCGGUCCAGUCUAAAGAAUGUGUCAGACCUGUUUGUGAUGGGAGGGGCUUUGAUCCUGGAGUCAACGGUGCUUCUCCGUUGGCUGGAGAGAGAAGGUUACUGGCCACUAGGAAUGACUGGCAUCUCCAUGGGAGGAUAUAUGGCGUCCCUGGCGGUGACAAACUGGCCAAAGCCCAUUCCUCUGAUUCCCUGUUUGUCCUGGUCCACGGCCUCAAGUGUCUUCACCACGGGCGUGCUGAGUAAAGCAGUGAACUGGAAGGAGCUGGAGAAGCAGUAUGCCAUAAACUCAGUGUAUGAAGAAGAGAUCAUCAAGCUGUUGGAGUACUGUGGGGCUGAUUCCUUUAAGAUGGAUCCAGAAUUUGCGAAAAAUGAAGACUCUUUAGAACACCUGUUGAGAGUGUCUGGGGGUCAGAACACCAGAGCUGCAGGGGAGGCUGAGGCUGAACGAGGCCUGCUGAUUGGCGGAGGAUGUCGAGGGGGAGUAGAACAAGUGUUAUCAUCAGUAAACAGCAGUGGGACGAGCCACGAAUAUCUACCAAGAAGCCCAGGCGAAAACAACCUACAGCAGGGGAUGAAGGCGGAAUCGACUAAAUGCUCUCGGCCCUCAUUACACAGAGAGUCUAUAAGCUUCAUGAAGGGGGUGAUGGACGAAUGUACACACAUGGCCAACUUCUCUGUCCCUGUAGACCCCAGUCUCAUUAUCGUGGUCCAGGCCAAAGAGGACGCCUACAUCCCCCGGACAGGAGUGCUCAGUCUGCAGGAGAUCUGGCCUGGGUGUGAAGUCAGAUAUAUGAACGGAGGACACAUCAGUGCAUAUCUGUUCAAACAGAGCGUCUUUAGAAAGGCCAUAUAUGAUACAUUUGACAGAUUCUGCCUGAAGUAUCCCAACCUGCACUAGCUGGGCGGGCUGAAGCCUUUCCUACCUGAAGCUGAAUCAGGACCCCUGGCUGCUGGACAUUGGGGAAAUGAAUGCCUGUCUACAGACCCGCUCCUCUGUCUGAUGCCUCACACAACAUAGUUUUUGAGACUGUUGAAGUAUCAAAUAUGUGGUUUGCAGUCCUGCCAGUUCAGACCUCUAGCUUGAUUUGUACUAGCUUAAACUGGUGUUAACAGACUGGGGAAAUACCAUCAGCAGUGUGUUGUGAAUAUUUGUCAUGGAGAAACUCUGGAUGGGACACUCCCUGAAAAGUUCUACUGAUAUAGGAAAACAUGGAGUCACUGCUGAACCACACCCAGUCAUGUUAGAUACACUCAGCUCACUCUACCGCCACUUUUCUAACCGAAUGAAUUGAUCAACUGUUUCACUGGGUAGGAUUGUAAUUGGUUGUAUUUCUGAUCAAUACGUUUUUCAUAAAUUGAACUCGUUUUUGAUACCAUUACCAAGGUAACAGAAAAUGUGGUAGUGGUCUAUCAGUCCGACUCGAUAGCUGUGCUCUGUAAGAGAUCAUGAAAAUCAGGGCGAGCAUCACGUGAAAGAUGAAAUUGGCAUAGAAAGAUUCAUGUGGACUAUCAAUAUAUAUAUUUCAUCUCAUUAAUAGUAAUACCAAUUCCAACCACAAAGGAAAUGAUUUUGAAAAACAAAGCGUCAUGUUUCAUAAUCCAAAGCUUGUUGAUUCUUGAUUUUGCUACGUUGAAAACAUUUUAACAGUGUUAAUUAUCAACUGACACAUUUAAAAAAUGUUUGGAAUGAAAAAAUUAAAUAAAUGUACCAAAAAAUGAAGUUGAUAAUUAUGCGGACAUAAUCAGGGCUGAUGUCAUUUUUCCAACGACACAAAAAAGUAAGAGACUGAUUUUGAGAGACAAAGUUGGACUCGAGUAAAAAAAAAACAGAGCAUUCCUUUAACUGAAGUGACCCUACAUCUGAAUAUCGCUGUAUAUAACUCAUCCUCAGUCACAAUGUGUUCCACAUCCUCAGGCUGGAUCAGACCUCUGUAGCUCUCUGAGUGGUUGGGCUGUAGAAGUCUUCAGCUGGCCAUUUUGUGUUGAAAGUCAAUCAUGUUGUCUCUUCCUGUCUCCUGACGGUACUGUAACUAUGAAUAAAUACUGUUAGGAUAAGCUUAUGUUUCGUAAAAGUAA